UUAAAAUAAAGUUUUGGAAUCACGUUCUUCUCUCCGUUUCAGUUCCCACUUCCGCGCUCUACACUCAUCCCUCUAAAUGCUCCAUCGGCGGCGCUAUCAGCCUUGCACCGCCGUCGUACCGAACCUCCAUUACACUGAACUUCCAUUGCACCGAGGCUCUGUCGCACCCCUUACCUGUUCUUCUCUAUCGCACCCCCUCCGUCGGCCUUGCUCGCGUUGCUCCCUUACGAACCCUAAUGUGCGUGUCUCUCUUUGAUCUCGCCACUAGUGCUUGCUCUUCUCCGUGUGUUGCUGCGUUUCUCUCUUCGAUCUUGCCUCAGCUGUGCAGGACUGAGAAUCAAGAUGAUAUAGAUGCCGUAAUUGUUGGUGUGCUUGUUGAUCCAAAGGAGGCAAGAGCUGGAAUCAGGGAGGUCCAUUUUUUCCCUUUCAAUCCUGGAGACAAGAGGACUGCUCUAACUUACAUUGAAUCUGAUGGAAAUUGGCAUAUAUCCAGCAAAGGUGCUCCAGAGCAGAUAUUGAACCUCUGCAACUACAAAGAGGAUGUGAAGAGAAAGGCUAUGCAACUAUUGUUAAGUUUGCUGAGCGUGGGCUCUGAUCUUUGGGGGUUGCUAGACAGCUUCGGAAGUACCUGAGAAAUCAAAAGAUGCUCAUGGUGCACUAUGGCAAUUUCUUGCGCUGCUACCACUAUUUGAUCCUCCCAGGCAUGAUAGCACUGAAACCAUCACAAGAGACCUGAACCUUGGUGUUAAUGUAAAAAUGAUUACUGUGAUCAGCUUGCUAUUGCCAAGGAAACUGGAAGAAGGCUUGGCAUGGGAACAAACUUGUACCCUUCAUCCUCAUUGCUUGGUCAAAGCAAGGAUGCUGCACGGUUUCUGUUUUGGAAAUUUAUUCUUCAAUUUAUCAACUUGUUUGUAGGCUUUUGCAGCUUCCUGCUUAGCAUCCAUAGCCCACUUCUAGAAAUUACCACAAGAGUUUGGUUCAAACAGCAACAAUGCAAUGUAAACUUAGACUCUGCUGUAUUUUUUAUUUCCUUUUCUAUUUUAGCUUUUAAUGCUGUAAUUUAUGCAGCUAAGGCAUUUAUGAACUUAGACUCUGGACCUCUUUUACCCCUACUUUGAAAGCUGCUUUCUUGACAUCAUCUAUUCCAUCCUGGAUCUUUUCUAUGCCUUUCAAGCAAUUCUACAUGUUGCUUUUCCAGAUCUGCAUAUUGUUCUAGAAGUCGUGCAUGGCUUUCUAUUAAAAGAUACCAGCCUCCUCUUCCAGCUGAUCAAGUAAAAUCUUUAAAUGAAUAUGAUGAGGAAGGAGAAGCCUCACGAAGGGUGCGAGGAAGAGGACAUGGUGGAAGGGGGAGGGGAAGAGGAAGGGGUAGAGGCAUUGCUGACCACUUAUUAUUUUUAUUUUUUGAUCAGAAGAUUCCUUAUACUUUUUGUUUUGGUUUCUUCGGGAAUAUGAAAAAUACUUACUUGGACACAAUCUGUUUCACAUAGGAAAUUACGAUGGAGGUAUGGAAUACAGUAAUGGUUGGGAUGGUGGCAGAUGACGAGGCCGUGGUGUAACUUCUUCCUUUUGCUGAUUUGUGGAACUGAUUUUAACUAUCAUAAAAUUUCUCUCAGGUAAUGAUCGCACAAAGGGGUAACUUCUUUCUUUUGCUGAUUUGUGGAGCUGAUUUUAACUAUCAUAAAAUUUCUCUCAGGUAAUGAUCGCACAAAGCGGUAACUUCUUCCUUUUGUUGUCAUGCUAUUUUACUUUUAUUUCUUUCCAUUUUUUAUAACUGAUUAAUUAUUCUUCCCACCCAUUAUUUCUUUCCAUUUCUUACAACUAAUUAUUUCUUACAACUAAUUAUUUCUUACAACUUUUAUUUCUCUUUUGUUGUCAUGCUACUGUCUCAGGUAAUGUUUGUGCUUCUUCAAUUUUUACAUUUUGUUGAGUUGUUUAGCAAACUUAUCUCCAGGGAACUAAUUUGUAUUCAUUUUUCCCCCUUUCUGAAGAGAUGUUUCACUUUUAUUGGAUCAAGGAUUCAAGACACAGAUGCACUGCUUCUUUCACCCAUUGUCAAAUGACAUGUCCAUAU